CAACAAGUUGUACUGCUUCCCUAUAUAAAUGAGUCCAAUUCUCGACCUAAACAGCUCUCUCUCUCUCUCUCGAUCUACCUUUGUUGACCAACUGAAAUGGGAAAUCUAUUGUGUUGUGUACAAGUAGAUCAAUCUAAGGUUGCUAUCAAGGAGCGGUUUGGCAAAUUUGAUGAAGUCCUUGAGCCAGGGUGCCAUUGCAUGCCUUGGUUUCUUGGAAGCCAAGUAGCCGGUUAUCUCUCCCUCCGUCUACAGCAGUUGGAUGUACGCUGUGAAACUAAGACAAAGGACAAUGUAUUCGUCAAUGUAGUGGCAUCAAUACAGUACCGCGCCCUUGCAGACAAGGCAAGUGAUGCUUUCUACAAACUGAGCAACACAAGAAGUCAAAUUCAGGCCUACGUAUUUGAUGUAAUUAGAGCAAGUGUUCCAAAACUCAACCUUGAUGAUGCUUUUGAGCAGAAAAAUGAUAUAGCAAAGGCUGUUGAAGAUGAACUUGAGAAGGCAAUGUCUGCUUAUGGGUAUGAAAUUGUUCAGACGCUGAUUGUUGACAUAGAACCAGACGAGCAUGUUAAGAGAGCAAUGAAUGAAAUAAACGCUGCUGCAAGGCUAAGAUUAGCUGCUAAUGAGAAGGCAGAGGCUGAAAAGAUCUUGCAAAUUAAGAGAGCCGAAGGAGAAGCUGAGGCUAAAUAUCUAUCUGGAUUGGGUAUUGCUCGCCAGCGUCAAGCAAUUGUGGAUGGUUUAAGAGAUAGUGUACUAGGUUUCUCAGUUAAUGUUCCUGGAACCACUGCAAAGGAUGUUAUGGAUAUGGUCCUUGUCACUCAAUACUUUGACACGAUGAAAGAAAUUGGAGCUACCUCCAAAUCAUCUGCUGUGUUCAUCCCUCAUGGACCAGGUGCAGUUCGUGAUGUGGCAACACAAAUUCGUGAUGGACUUCUUCAGGCUUCUCAAGCAUGACCUCAAUUUCUACAGCUGUCAUCUAAAAAUUUAUCACUUAUUUCCUGCUGCCUGUGUGAUUUUGAAUUUUUCCUUUUCCUUUUUUUUUUUUUUUUCCCUUCCCAAUAAUGAAUUUCUAAGUGCUAUAGUUUUUACCCUGUUUGUCAAUAAGUUACUGAAGAAGUCUUGGAUAGUAAGAUCCGUAUGUUCUACACUUCAUAGGGCUACUUUAUUUGUUUGCCA